AUGCCAUACUUGCUCCACCUGCUGGGGCCGUUUGCUGGAAUGAACGUUUUCCAGGAGAUCGUGUGGUUCGUUAGUCCCCAUCAGAGGUUGGAGCACCUGGACGAGUUCAUAAUGCGCACAGGCGAGGCCUUUGGGGCGACCGCCACUCAGACGGUGGUGAGCAACAACACGAAAAUGCGAAUGAUUCACUCGUCGGCCCGGAGGAACCACAUGAGCUUUGUGUUCACCACCGGAGCAGAUGAUCCGAUUAUGAAGGUGUUCACCAAGGUGCUGCUCGGGAGGCACUUCUACUUCUCGAUGAUAAUGUACGUGGCCAAGGUGGGUGGCAUGCAGCCUAUUAAUGAGCUGCUGCUCUUCGCCUACAAUCAGCAGUUCAUUAACUCCAUGAUUUACUUUGAGUCGGAGGAGGGAGUGAACCAGCUCUUCGGGGUCUCCAAGUUCCCCACCAUGACAUUCGAGAACCGCACUGACUUCCUGAGGUACAUGAGAAGCGUUUGGAAGAAGGUCUUGAAUGCCCGCUCGGAUGUGGGUGGCUUUGGAUUCACCACGCCCCUGCGCCAGGACCUUCCACACCUCUUCAAGUCGCAAGGACGCUACGAUGGGAGCACCUACCGGAUCAUCGAUACCUUUGUGCAGUUCAUCAACGGCAGUUUUAGGGAGCUCGUAAUGCCACGAGAUGCUCUCGGGGGCCAGGUGAUCAACAUGAAGGAGGCCCUGCAGCUAGUCCGCGAUCGCAAGAUGGAGUUCUGCGCCCAUGCCUACGCCCUGUUCAUGCCAGACGAGGAGCUGGAGAAGACGUACCCCCUGCUGGUGGUGCAGUGGUGCCUGAUGGUUCCGCUCUACAACAGCGUGUCCACCUACUUUUAUCCCCUGCAGCCCUUCGCCUGGAACGUGUGGUUCUUUGCACUGGGAGCUCUAGUGGGACUGGCUCUUCUGGAGCUGAUGUGGCUCAGGAUGUUUGGAGGGUGGUCACACAGCCAGGGCGCCCUGUUGGACUCUUUUUGCUAUAUCAUCAAUGUGCCCACAGAGGGCCAGCUGCAACAGCCCUGCCUGCUUCGCGUCCUCCUCCUGGCCACUGUAUUUUUCCAUGGGUUCUUCCUUUCCGCCUACUACACCUCCAAUUUGGGCAGCAUUCUGACCGUGAACCUCUUCCACGCCCAGAUCAACACGAUGGAUGACAUAGUGAGUGCCCAGUUGCCCGUCAUGAUAAUUGACUACGAGAUGGAAUUUCUGCUAAAUCUAAAUAUGGAGCUGCCCGAAGAGUUCCUCAAACUUCUACGUCCCGUGGAUUCGGCCAUUUUCUCAGAGCACCAGACGAGAUUGAAUAGCUCCUUUGCCUACUUCGUUACCGAGGAUCACUGGCAGUUUCUGGACGAACAGCAGAAGCAUCUGAAGCAGCGCCACUUCAAGCUGAGUGGCAUCUGUUUUGGUUCCUACCACCUGGCCUUCCCCCUCCAGAUGGACUCUUCCUUGUGGCGCGACAUCGAGUACUUCACCUUCCGCAUCCACUCCUCGGGUCUGCUCAACUUCUAUACGCGCAGUAGCUUUGGGUCUGCCCUCCACGCCGGCUUGGUGGAGCGCUUGCCGGAGAACCGGGAGUACACCUCCGCCGGACUGCAGCACCUGGCCAUUGCCUUUAUAUUGCUGCUGGUCAUGAGCUUCUUGGCCGGGAUUGUUUUUUUCCUGGAAAGGGUUUUCAGGGGCAGUGCCACUUUGCUAAUCGACAAUUAA